UGGUAGAUAUUUUUAGAUUUCACUGGUUAAAGCUUGUCUCUUCUCAGCGCUUCUACACACUGGGUCGGCACACACAGAUGCUGUAGAUAGAACAACUCAGGCACAGGACUCAGCCUACAGAGAACCUUGUUCUCCAUCAGGGAAUAAAUUCCACUUUCUUAUGCAAAAAUACCACCCUUUGAGAAGAUGCACAGAGAGCUGAACCAGAUGGGAUUGUAUCGCUUAUAAGUUUUAACUAGGAGAUUUCAACAAAAAGGGGCAACGGCAACUUCCUCUUUUCUCAAAUUUCCUUCCAGUGUGCAAGAUCUUGCUUUCUUUCAACGCUUGCUGUAAGGCCACUUCUCAUGCCGUCCGCCAUAAAUGCAGCGGUGGCUCAGCAGGCAGCUGCCGGGUCAGUUCCUAGCACUACCAGCACGACAACUGAAGGCACAGGGGGAGGCACAGGAGGGAUUUAUUCUGCCAUUAUAAGUCGCAACCAGCCCAUUAUCAAAGUAAAGGAAAAGACCUAUGAAGAGCUUCACAAGAAGUGUCUGGAGAAAAACAUUCUCUAUGAGGAUCCUGAUUUCCCACCUAAUGAGACUUCCCUCUUCUACAGCCAGAAAGUCCCCAUCAAGUUUGAAUGGAAAAGACCACGUGAAAUUUGUGAGAAUCCACGAUUUAUUAUUGGUGGAGCCAACAGAACAGAUAUCUGCCAAGGAGAAUUAGGCGAUUGCUGGUUCCUGGCUGCCAUUGCUUGCCUGACACUGAAUAAAAAACUGCUCUGCAGAGUCAUACCUCAUGACCAGUCCUUCAUACACAACUAUGCUGGCAUCUUUCACUUCCAGUUUUGGCGCUAUGGAGACUGGGUGGAUGUCAUCAUUGAUGACUGCCUACCCACAUACAACAACCAGCUGGUCUUCACCAAAUCCUCCCAGCGCAAUGAGUUCUGGAGUGCUCUCCUGGAAAAGGCCUAUGCAAAACUCCAUGGAUCCUAUGAAGCUUUGAAAGGAGGCAACACCACGGAGGCGAUGGAGGAUUUCACUGGAGGGGUGACAGAGUUCUAUGAGAUAAAGGAUGCUCCUAAAGAUAUCUAUAAAAUCAUGAAACAUGCCAUUGCCAGAGGAUCCCUCAUGGCCAGCUCCAUUGAUGAUAACCUAGGCUUUUCCUAUGGAGCAGCUCCUAGAAGCGACAUUAGAGAAAUGAUUGCUCGAAUGGUGAAGAACCUGGAAAAUGCACAGAUGAGUCACUCCACUGUGGACCACCAGGGGACAGAUGAAAGGCCAGCCUGGACUAUAAUGCCAAUGCAGUAUGAAACUCGGAUGUCUUGUGGGCUGGUCAAAGGUCACGCAUACUCAGUCACAGCUGUGGAAGAGACAACAUUUAAAGGGGAAAAGAUACGUCUGAUAAGGCUGAGAAACCCGUGGGGACAGGUGGAGUGGAAUGGACCUUGGAGCGAUAAAUCAGAAGAGUGGAACUUCAUUAAAGAAGAAGAGAAAAUUCGCCUGCAACACAAGAUUGUGGAAGAUGGGGAAUUCUGGAUAUCGUUUGAAGAUUUCAUGAGGCAUUUCACAAAACUUGAGAUCUGUAACCUCACACCUGAUACUUUGGAAGCUGAUAAGCUUCAGACCUGGACUGUGUCAGUCAACGAAGGACGCUGGGUGAGAGGCUGCUCAGCUGGAGGGUGCCGCAAUUAUCCAGAUACAUUUUGGACCAAUCCCCAAUAUCGCUUGAAGCUCCUAGAGGAAGAUGAUGAUCCUGAAGAUGAAGAGGUUAUCUGCAGCUUCCUGGUAGCACUGAUGCAGAAAAACAGGAGGAAAGAACGCAAGCUGGGAGCCAACCUCUACACCAUUGGCUUUGCCAUCUAUGAGGUACCCAAAGAGAUGCACGGUACUAAGCACCACUUGCAAAAGGACUUUUUCCUCUACAAUGCUUCCAAAGCUAGAAGUAAGACCUAUAUAAACAUGCGAGAAAUCUCUGAGCGCUUCCGGCUGCCUCCCAGCGAGUAUGUUAUCAUCCCAUCCACAUACGAACCCCACCAGGAGGGAGAAUUCAUCCUGAGGGUUUUCUCAGAGAAAAGAAGUCUUUCAGAGGAGGUUGAAAACAUGAUUGAGGCAGAUCGCCCAUCAAAGAAGAAAAAAGGCAAGCCUAUCAUCUUUGUUUCUGACAGAGCAAACAGCAAUAAGGAGCUGACAACAGACGAAGAUGCUGGCAAAGAUGGUGAAAAAACCCACGUAGAUGAGAAAAAGCGGUCUUCAGCGAAAGCUCGUGAGAAGAGUGAAGAGGAAACACAGUUCAGGAAUAUUUUCCGACAGAUUGCAGGGGAUGACAUGGAGAUCAAUGCCGAAGAACUCAGGAAUGUUCUCAACAACGUUGUUAAAAAACAUAAGGACCUAAAGACAGAAGGAUUUGAACUAGAAUCUUGCCGCAGCAUGAUUGCUUUGAUGGAUACAGAUGGCUCAGGGAAGAUCAACUUUGAUGAGUUCCGACACCUCUGGGACAAAAUCAAAAGCUGGCAGAAAAUCUUCAAGCAUUACGAUGCUGACCAUUCAGGAAACAUUAACAGCUAUGAGAUGCGCAAUGCAGUCAAAGAUGCAGGGUUUCGGCUGAACAACCAGCUCUAUGACAUCAUCACGAUGCGCUACGCUGACAAGAACAUGAACAUCGACUUUGACAGCUUCAUCUGCUGCUUUGUGAGACUGGAUGCUAUGUUCAGGGCAUUCCAUGCCUUUGAUAAAGAUGGAGAUGGAAUCAUAAAACUCAAUGUCCUGGAGUGGCUGCAGCUCACCAUGUACGCCUAACAUCAAGGAGAGCCUUAAUCAAGGACCUGCUCCAGAUUGCUGUUUUAAGUAAUGAACUCCAUCCAUCCCCCAUUACAAAUGAGCAUUUUGCAAGAUUCCUGCUUUGCUCACCAAAGAUAAAACAUGCGUGAAAGAAUGAAGACACAGCCACGCUGCAGCAAGCAAAGCAGUGCUCACUUCCUGUACCUACUGCUGUAGUAUCUCCAGGACAUUUACAUUCAACCAUGAGGAUUAAUUUAUUGAUGACUGUAUUUAGGUUUUCCUGCAUGUUAAGACACAGAGCAUACACCUUAACUCUGUUUAUAUUGACAGUUGGAAGCACCAUCUCUAUAGUCAGUACAGAUCAGGUAAAACUGGGCCUGGAUCUGAACUGUGCAAGUCAAAAGCGUCUCCUACCACCUUGUAAUUAGUCAUUAACUCUGUUCUGAUGUUGCUACUCCCAUUUCAGCCUUUUCAUGUUGUUAACUAUUUCACUGAGAUUGUGCUAAUUACAUUAAUGAGUCAUGAUCACAUAUGUCUUUACAACUGUAGCUUUGUGGGUUGAUCCUCUGUUGUGCUGGAAAAGUGGGCACCAUGCACAGCAGUCUGCAGUGUCUGUGUAACCUUGCUCUGAUGCCUCAGUAGAAGCAGCAGAACUAAACUACUUGCUCUCAUUUUUAGUAUCGCCAUGCUACCAUGCUUGGACAUACAAUAGUUUUAGAGUGCUGUUUUUUUGGUGUUUGUUUGGUUGUUGUUUUUUUUUUUUGUUUUUGUUUUGUUUUUUUGUUUUUAAUUGUAGCCCAUUCUCUGUAACAUUGAGAAAGUGGUUUUCCGCUUUCAAGGAAGCAGUUCAAGAAAGAAAAAAACACAUAAAGUAUACAUUAAUUACAUAUGCACACUUGUCUUCAGGGUCCUAUUUUUCUUAACUAACAGUUUCUGGGUUCUCUUUUCAUCUCAGAACUGCCCAGACCCCAACACAGGCAGAGUACUGAGCACUGUCCCAUCAUUCUUCUGGAGCUAGAGCAGCUGGUUUUAUCACAGACACUUACUGGCUUACUUCAGAUGCACUGUAAAACGUGAGCUUGAUGGGCUUUCAGAACUGGUCAGUGAUCAGCACAAAAAUGGAUAGAAAAACAGCAACAACACAGAGCACAAAGGCCAGACUUUAUCAGGAGAACUUCUGAGAGGAAAGCCACUCUCAAACACAUGGUCACAAGGCAGAGGAUGACAGGGCUAAAAAGCAGCAGCAGAAAGCAAUCUGCUACAGUAAAGCAAAACUACAAAAACAAAUCUUGGCAUCUACCCAACAUUAUUCUGAUAGUUUGUACAUUUGACUGAGGGAUCACUAAGAAACACACAAACCUUUUGACUAUAUAGAGUUCUUAAUAUUAUUGUCUUGUACUGUAACUUCCUCUGAAAGAAGAAGAGAAUCAUAGUUUAUGUAAUGAGUUAACCUUUAAGCUCAGCUUUUGUUUUAACCCAACCUAAGUCUCCAUGAUGACUGGAAUACUAGGAGCCCCGGGUUCCAGCCAUGCAUUGUCUCCACUACGCUGUUAUUUUCCAUACAAAAAUAAGGCAGUUGCUCUUGGUUGGGGUCUUCACAGAAAAACAAAGUCUACCAGUCAAAAGAUCUGGAUUUUUUGACUGGCAAUUGAAACUGGCUCUAAACCUCCCAGUGAGUGAAAACCAGUUCUAGAGAACCUCCCUUUGCAACAAGCCAUGAAGCAAGCCUGUCUCAGUGCAUUGUCUUGUGGCCUCUGUUGGGUGGAUGGUUUCCAUCUUUCCUGCUGAACUAUGACAUCUUCGAUUCCUGCACCCUGCAAGCAGAAAACUGCAUCAGCCCUCUCUGUCAGCACUGAAGCUUGGCCACUGCAGCAUAAAAUACACAGCUCCAGAACAGCCUGGCUGACUUCAGCCAGCCACAAAGGGAACAUCAUGUUGUACUUUACUGAACCCUGUGACAGAAUCUUUCUAUUCCAAACAAAGAAGACUGACAAACCAUAAACAAUAUAAAGAAC